AUGCAGUCGCCACCAGCUGUUCAAAACCCUAUUACAACACCCAGUAAUGUUUCCGAUGCUCGAAGCCCUCGUCAAGAGAGUGUGCGAAAGACACGCAAUAUGGACUACGUUAUGCGAUCGGGUCUAGCUGGUGGCAUUGCCGGUUGCAUGGCCAAGACUAUCAUUGCACCUCUUGAUCGAGUCAAGAUUCUUUUUCAGGCACGCAAUCCCGUCUUUGAGCAGUAUGCAGGCACCUUUUCAGGCGUGUUCAAGGCUGCUCGUGACAUUGUCAAGCAUACUGGAUCGAGAGGAUUGUUUCAAGGACAUUCGGUGACGCUUAUUCGUAUUUUUCCCUAUGCAGCUAUCAAAUUUGUUGCCUAUGAACAAUACAAGGCAAUCCUGAUGCCUAUCAAAUCAAAGGAAACAGCCGCUCGACAAUUCUCUGCUGGAUCACUUGCUGGUGUCACAUCCGUUUUAUUUACUUAUCCCUUGGAUCUUUUGCGUGUUCGAAUGGCAUACGAGGUCAAACAAACAGGCAAAGCACGACCAGGUCUCGUAUCCACGGUGAUCCAAAUCUACAAUGAACCAGCAGCAGCACGAGGCAUGAACGUUGCCAACUUUUAUCGUGGAUUCAUACCAACGGUAGCAGGCAUGAUCCCUUAUGCAGGCGUCUCAUUUUGGACACAUCACCUGGCAACAGAGCUCAGCCGUCAUCAUCCUGUUAUAUCACAAUGGGCACUUCAACCCUUGGAUUUCGAUCCCACAUCACCUCACCUCACGCCAGAGCAACGACGCAAAAUCGAUAAACCUCCACUCAAUACAUGGGCUGAAUUAGCAUGCGGUGGUAUUGCUGGAUUGGUAGCUCAAACCAGUAGUUAUCCAUUAGAGGUCAUCCGACGUCGAAUGCAAGUGGGUGGUCUGCUGAAUCCAGAGAUGUUUGUCAGCUUUAGUGAAACCGUCAAAGAUAUCUAUCGAGUCAAAGGUUUCAAGGGAUUCUACGUGGGUCUUAGCAUUGGCUACAUCAAGGUCGUCCCUAUGGUCGCUGUCAGCUUUGCCGUGUAUGAACGCAUGAAAACUAUGCUUAAAAUUGAUUAA